GCAUCACUCCACCCUAUCUAGCAUGUGACCAUUUUUCAAAUCAAACACCAAGAUCUUAUUUGUUUUAAUUUUCAAUUAGCUAGCCACGUUUAGCGUACCAGUGGAUCUAUAAAUCCACUCCAAUGUUGGCAAUAAAUCAACAGCCUUCUUCUCCCCGAGAGCCACGAGCUGUACUGCAGACUGUGCUUGGGGAUUGUUAGCAUCAAGCACAGCGAAACAGACAGAAAAAACACAAGCCAUGAAGAAGACGAUCGUCCUGUACCCUGGCCUCUUCGUCAGCCACCUUGUCCCCAUGAUGCAGCUCGCCGACGUCCUGCUGGAGGAGGGCUACGCCGUCACGGCCGCGCUCAUCGACCUCACCCUGGACCAAGACGCCGCCCUGGCAGCCGCCGUCGACCGCGUCGCCGCCGCCCGGCCGUCCGUCGCCGUCCGCAGGCUCCCCCGGAUCCAGGACCCUCCCGCCCUCGCGGACUACGGGGAGGCGCUCCUCUGGUACUUCGAGGUCGUCAGGCGCUACAACGAGCGCCUCCGCGAGUUCCUCUGCUCCCUGCCUCCCAGGAGCGUCCGCGCCGUGGUCGUCGACGCGCCUUCCGUCGGCGCGCUCGGCGUCGCCAGGGAGCUCGGGGUCCCGGCCUACACCUUCUUCGCCGCCAACGCCUCCGCGGUCGCGGUGUUCCUCCAGCUUCCCUGGAUGCGCGCGGAAGGACAGCCGAGCUUCAAGGAGCUCGGGGACGCCCCUCUAGAAUUCCACGGCGUCCCUCCCAUGCCAGCGUCGUACCUCAUGCGCGAGACGCUCCAGGAAACGGAGAGCGAGCUGUACAAGGCGACGAUGGACGCGAUGCGCCGGAACGCGGAGCCCGACGGCAUCCUGGUGAACACGUUCGCGUCGCUGGAGCCUCGGGCGGUGGGAGCUCUCAGGGACCCGCAGGUUCCUCCCGGCGUCGGGGAGCGGAGGACGCCUCCAGUGUACUGCGUCGGGCCGUUGGUCGCGGGCCCCGGCGGCGCCGGCGCCGGCGCCGGGACGAAAGAGAAGCACGAGUGUCUCGCGUGGCUCGACACGCAGCCAGAGCGCAGCGUCGUGUUCCUCUGCUUCGGGAGCAUCGGCGCGGCCACCCACUCGGAGGAGCAGCUCAGGGAGGUCGCCGCCGGCCUGCAGAAGUCCGGCCACCGAUUCCUGUGGGUGGUGCGAGCCCCUCUGCGCGGCGACACCCAGAGGCUGUUUGAUCCCCGUGCGGACGCGGACCUCGACGCCCUUCUGCCAGACGGCUUCCUGGAGAGCACCGAGGGCCGCGGCCUCGUCGUCAAGCACUGGGCGCCGCAGGUGGAGGUGCUCCGCCACAGGGCGACGGGCGCGUUCGUGACGCACUGCGGGUGGAACUCGGCGCUGGAGGGGAUCACCGCCGGCGUGCCGAUGCUGUGCUGGCCGAUGUACGCGGAGCAGAAGAUGAACAAGGUGGUCAUGGUGGAGGAGGCCGGGGUCGGCGUGGAGAUGGCUGGGUGGGAGCGGGGGCUGGUCACGGCCGAGGAGGUGGAGGCCAAGGUGAGGUUGGUGAUGGAGUCCAAAGAGGGGGAGCAGCUCCGGGCGCGGGUGGCGGCGCACGGGGAUGCCGCGGCCGCCGCCUGCAAGGCCGGCGGCUCAUCGCGGGCCGCGUUCGGCCAGUUCUUGUCGGACGCGGCCAGCCUCGGACGUGUGUAGACGAGCUUGGCGCAUUGCUGGCUCCAUUGUGAUGCAUAAUU